UCGCUCCGGACUCUGCCCGGGCCUGGGCGGCGGCUGCAGGCUGGAGGGCGACGUGGAAAGGCCACGUGGAGCCGCCCGGGGGAGGGCCAGCUGCGGGCAGCCAGUCGAGGGCGGCGCGGUGCCUAUAGCGCGCACGAAGCCGGAGCCCCAGUCGCGUGCAGCGCCACCGCAGCAGCUCCAGUCUCCAGAAGGAUGUUCCAGUGUCUGAUGCAAGUGUUGAUGCUGCCACUAUUGCUGCUGCUACCUUUGGGUCAUGCCGCUCCCAAGGAUGGAGCUGCAAGGACGGACCCUGAAGUGCAACAGCAGCUCAUGUCCAACCCCUUCCAGCCAGGCCCUGAGCAGCUCCAACAUCUGCGGAAUUACCUCAAGGGACUGGAGAAGAUGGAGGAGGAUCCGGAACAUAUGAACCGGGAGCAAGUCCUGCUCUACCUCUUUGCUCUCCACGACUAUGACCAGAAUGGACAGCUGGACGGCCUGGAGCUGCUGUCCAUGCUGACGGCAGCUCUGGCCCCUGGAGCUGCACACUUUCCCAUCAACCCGGUGAUCCUGGUAGUAGACCAGGUGCUUGAGACCCAAGACCUGGAUGGAGAUGGGCUCAUGACUCCUGCAGAGCUCGUCAACUUCCCAGGAGAGGUCCCCAAGCAUGCAGAGUCCCUUCCUCCAGCUCUCCUGGAGCCACAGCCUGCUGGGAGGCAGUCGCAUUUAGCUAACGGUCCAUUGCAACCAGAAGCCCAGCAAUCCCUGGAAGCUAGGGGCCAGGUGGAGGCCCAAGGGGAGUCUUUGGAACCUGUGCAGAAGGCUGGACAUCAGACAGAGGCUGAAGUAGAUACCGUCAGUCCUGAAGGGGAGGUUAGGAGACAGGCAGAGGCUGAAGGAGAUGUCCCGAGUCCCAGAGAGGAUGCUGAGGGACAGGUGGGGAACAAGGACAAUGAGGGGGAAGACAGAGAGCAGCCAGGGGAAACACUGGAUGCCGGGAACACUCCAAAUGAGGUGGAGACUCACAGUAUCCAACUGGAGAAUGAUGAGAUAUAAACUCGAUGACACGGCUCAUAUCCCUUAAAACCUCAGUGCAGGGCAGAAGCAUGAAGGGUGGAGUGUUGUGUUGGGAUAAGAGCCACCUCUCACAUGGGUAUGGUGGCACAAGCUAGUAAUCCUAGAACUUGGAAGACCAUAGCAGGAUUGAGAGGGCCAGGCUAGCCCAGGCCAUACAGCUAGUUGGAGGCUAGGCAGGACUUCUUAGUAAGAACCUGUCUUGAUGGGGGGAAGCACUCCUACGUCUCCGUUCUGGCCUCAGAAGGAAGCAGGACUUUCUGUGCAGCUCGGGGAGACCCUAGCCUGAGAGGCAGCUGCCAGGCUCCGAACAACCAAUAAAGAACAGAAUGAAUUAA